CUCGCCAGGGGCCACCCCCUCCCCGCCGCCACUGCCCCACCAUGGCCGGAGACCGGCUCCCUCGGAAGGUGAUGGAUGCCAAGAAGCUGGCCAGCCUGCUGCGGGGCGGGCCCGGGGGGCCGCUGGUCAUCGACAGCCGCCCCUUCGUGGAGUACGACAGCUGGCACGUGCUCAGCUCCGUCAACAUCUGCUGCUCCAAGCUGGUGAAGCGCAGGCUGCAGCAGGGCGCCGUGACCAUCGCGGAGCUCGUCCAGCCGGCCGCACGCACCAAGGUGGAGGCCACGGAGCCGCAGGACGUGGUGGUCUAUGACCAGAGCACACGGGAUGCCAGCGUGCUGGCCGCGGACAGCUUCCUCUCCAUCCUGCUGAGCAAGCUGGACGGCUGCUUCCACAGCGUGGCCAUCCUCACAGGGGGCUUCGCCACCUUCUCCUCCUGCUUCCCUGGCCUCUGCGAGGGCAAGCCCGCUGCCCUGCUGCCCAUGAGCCUCUCCCAGCCCUGCCUGCCCGCGCCCAGCGUGGGCCUCACGCGCAUCCUGCCGCACCUGUACCUGGGCUCGCAGAAGGAUGUCCUGAACAAGGACCUGAUGACACGGAACGGCAUAAGCUACGUCCUCAACGCCAGCAACUCCUGCCCCAAGCCGGACUUCAUCUGCGAGAGCCGCUUCAUGCGCGUCCCCAUCAACGACAGCUACUGUGAGAAGCUGCUGCCCUGGCUGGACAGGUCCAUCGAGUUCAUCGAUAAAGCCAAGCUGUCCAGCUGCCAGGUCAUCGUCCACUGUCUGGCCGGCAUCUCCCGCUCCGCCACCAUCGCCAUCGCCUACAUCAUGAAGACCAUGGGCAUGUCCUCCGACGACGCCUACAGGUUCGUGAAGGACCGGCGCCCGUCCAUCUCGCCCAACUUCAACUUCCUGGGCCAGCUGCUGGAGUACGAGCGCAGCCUGAAGCUGCUGGCCGCCCUGCAGGGCGAGGGCGGCCCCCGCCCCGGAACCCCCGAGCCCCUCCUGGGCCCCGCGGCCCCACUGCCACCCCUGCCACCACCUACCUCAGAGAGCGCCGCCACCGGGAGCUCGGCGGCCACCGCGGCCAGCGCGGGCGGGGAGGCCCCGGCCCCGGCCCCCGCCCCGGCCACCAGCGCGCUGCAGCAGGGCCUGCGCGGCCUGCACCUGUCCUCCGACCGCCUCCAGGACACCAACCGCCUCAAGCGCUCCUUCUCCCUGGACAUCAAGUCGGCCUACGCGCCCAGCCGGCAGCCCCACGACCCCGGCGCCCCCGACCCGGCCGAGGCGCCCAAGCUCUGCAAGCUGGACAGCCCUUCGGGGGGCGCGGUGGGCCUGCCCUCGCCCGGCGCCGACAGCCCCGAGGCGGCCCCGGAGACCCAGACCCGGCCGCGGCUCCGCCGGCGGCCCCGGCCUCCCGCCGGCUCCCCCGCGCGCGCCCCGGCGCCCGGCCCGGGCCUGAACCUCGCCGACGCCGCGCGGCAGACUCCGCGGCACGGCCUCUCGGCCCUGUCGGCGCCCGCGCUGCCCGGCCCGGGCCAGCCCGCCGGCCCCGGGGCCUGGGCGCCGCCGCUGGACUCCCCGGGCACGCCCUCGCCCGACGGCCCCUGGAGCUGCAGCCCCGAGGGCGCGCAGGGCCCGGGCGGCGCGCAGGACGCGGGGGGCGCGCGGCUCGCACCCCUCGGCCGGGCGGGCGGCGCGCGGCGGCGGCGGGAGGCGCUGCGGGCCGAGGCCCUGGACGCGCGGCCCGGCUGGCCCGACGGGCCGGCCCCGGAGACGCAGCUGCAGCGCCGCUGCCAGCGGGAGUUCGAGGAGGGGCGCGCGGGCGGCGAGGAGCGGGCCGGGCUGGGCGCGCCGGCGGGCGCCGAGGCCAUCCGCGUGUCCUGAC